CUACAUGAGGAAGGUUUAUUAGGAGAACGUGUUCAUGUGGUGACAGAGGCUGAGAACCAGGGGAGCAAGUUCUGUGCUUCAUUGAAUUGCACUUGGCCUCAGAAUCAGGAAAGCUGGGGCUAAGGAUGUGGCUCAGUGGGUAAUGCUCUUGUCUAGGAGGCAGGAAACCCUGGGGUUGAGCUGCAGCGCACAAGCUGGCUGUGGAAGCACACAUUGGCAAUCCCAGCACCCGGGAAAUAGAGGCAGCAGGAUCAACUGCUACAUAGUGAAUUCAAGGUCAGCUUAGGAUACAUAGACUCUGUCUCAAGGAGUAAAAAUGAAGUAUCCGUGAAGUUGAUGGUGUAGUGUUAGAGAGAAGCUGAGGUCCUGAGAACCAGACUUCCAAGGAGAGCCUGGAGUUCUGACGUAUGGAGAGGGUGACAGGGCUGAUCCGGGGUUUUCUAGUUCAGGCAUUCUAUCAAAAUCGAUGCAUCCUCAGCCCCACAGAGUACUGUGCACAAGUGAAUGUCUCUGAAACACAAGAACUCUCUUUUGCCCAACAGCCUGAGACUUGGGGAACCUUCCCCUGACCCCGAACUCCAAGUCAAGUGUAAAUUCUCUUUGGAACCCAUGGUUCUGUGAAGCAUGACUUCUGUUUAGACACCUUUCCUGCCUGGUUCCCUACCCCCUUCUCUUGAUAUGGUUUCUGUGUUCACACGUGCUGUGUACACAGUGAGCGGCACACAAUGGUGCUCAGCAUUUGUCAAAACAGUUAAGGGCCUAACUUUGCUACCCAAUCUCCCUCCAGCCACGUAGAGAGGGUGUGUUGCUCGGAGAUCGGACUUUGGCACCUCCUCCAGGCUGGCAGAAGGCUAUAUGCUCUUCGGAUCUUCUAUCUCGGGCCUCCUGCCCAACUGCAUAGCCUGCAAGAACCCACGCCCAGGGAGUGUCACUCCAGUCAAGGGGCCUGGACGCCUCCGGAGAACAGCCCUGUCCGCUCCCGGGCAGGAAUCGAGGGGACAUCGGAGCCUCUACACACGGUUCGAGGUGUCCUCAUGACUUCUCUCUCGGACCAUGUCCAUGAUCCUUUUUGCCAGCAUAGUACGGGUGAGGGAUGGAUUGCCCCUCUCGGCCUCCACUGACUUUUACCACGCCCAGGAGUUUCUGGAAUGCAGGAGGCAGCUCAAGGCCUUAGCCCAGAGGCUGGCUCAGCAUCCAGGCCGAGGCUCGGCAGAGAGUUGUGACUUCCGUAUCUAUUUCUUGUCAUCGGGGGACGUGGCCUGCAUGGCCAUCUGCUCACGUCAGUGCCCAGCAGCCAUGGCCUUCUGCUUCUUGGAGGCUCUGUGGUGGGACUUCAUAGCUUCCUAUGACACUACCUGCAUCGGCCUGGCCUCCCGGCCCUACACUUUCCUUGAGUUUGACAGUGUCAUUCAGAAAACAAAGUGGCAUUUUAACCACAUGAGCUCCUCCCAGAUGAAGAGUGGCUUAGAAAAGAUUCAAGAGGAGCUGAAGUCCCAGCCUCCAGCAGUCGUGUCCCUGGAGGGCACAGAUGUGGCAAAUGGCUUGCUGAAUGGCCACGCCCCAGCGCACUCUGAACCUGCGCCGAAUCUCCGGAUGAAGCCGGUGACAGCCCUGGGCGUCCUCUCCCUUGUUCUUAACAUCAUGUGCGCGGCCCUGAACCUCAUCCGUGGAGUUCACCUUGCAGAGCAUUCUUUACAGGUUGCCCAGGAGGAGGUUGGAAACAUCCUGGCUUUCUUUAUUCCUUCUGUGGCCUGCAUCGUCCAGUGUUAUCUGUACCUGUUCUACAGUCCAACCCGGACUCUGAAGGUGCUGUUGAUGCUGGCCUCCAUCUGCCUGGGCAAUGCGUACCUGCACGGGCUGAGGAACACCUGGCAAAUCCUCUUCCACGUAGGGGUGGCUUUUCUGUCUUCAUAUCAGAUCCUGACCAGACAGCUGCAGGAGAGGCAGUCCGACUACGGAGUGUGAGGAGGACAUCGUGUACUGGAUGGCACCUUUGAUUUCCCCCCUCCCCUCUGGAAGGCCAGUCUGUUUCCACUCCUGCUUCUCAACUUCACCUCAAACCUCCAUCCUUGUCGCUCCCGAGGUCACAGGUUCUGGCAGGUGCAGUGGAGGACCCGGGACUGCUGGUUGCCAGUCCUGGUUUGUGUGGACCGUUUGUGAAGGGCCACCAGCCGAGCACGGGACAGGGCAGCUGGAGCAGGCAGGCGCUUGCUCAGAGAGCAUCUUCAACGGUCAGAGUGGCCGCAUCUUGGUCUCCUAAAUCUAAUGAUAACCUCAAACCACUAGAUUCCACAAUGGUAGAUUUAGUAAAUGGCCGGCGUCUGUGAGGAGGCUUCAGAGUUGACGUCAAUUUGCAGGUUCCGUGUAACUUUAAUUUUCCUUAUGGUGUCAGUACAGGGUAAAUUAAAGCUUAGAAAUACGGCUCACAAAUAUAAGCUAGGUAAAUUCUGUUUACAUUUUUGAUAACUUGGGUUCAAUAAACCUUGGGAAUAUUUAAAUAUAUUUUGGAUAUAAAUUGAAGCUCAUUCAGAAUGAAGCAAACUUAGGCUGAGAAAAUGCUAAGGAGAUCCGGGUUUAUUUAAAGGACAGAGACCCUUUAUGGUGGCCGGACUUCAUGGACACAGAUGUGGUUUAUCUGCAGGACCUACCUGAAUUAUGUUUAGAUUAAUAACCAGUAUCGCUGGGUCAGAAGCUUCUAGGCAUGGGCAGAUACGGGGCCUUCAGGGUCCUCUUAGAGGAACAGAGUGGAGAGGAAAUGCCAGGGUUUUGGGGGUCCCUGGCAGGAAUAGGGAGGCCGCUGUUAUCCGCCUUUGUUGUGGUAGCUGGGCACUCGCCACUGUAACACUGCCGGAGACUUGGCCCUGUGCAUCUCCUCCUAGAGAGGCCUCCCAAGUUAAUUACUCCUCUGCGCCUCCCUCAAGCAUCCUGAUUAGAUCAUGGGCCUCGUUUUAUGGACAGGUAUUAAGUAGGUAUUAACACUCAAAAGCUUUGUGUAACUGGCACACGCUCUGUAAAGCGGCUCCACGUGCUUCUGAGUAAGACCCCCUGUAUCUCCACUGUGGGCAUCUGGUGGUACUCAAGAGGCCAUGUUGGGGUUCACCUCUCUGGCUUGUUCUUGGAGUGUACCUACAAUUUCGUGGGUUGGCUCAUGAGGCUCCAAAAGCGAUAAACCCUAUUUUGGUAGUUUUUAAAAGAGAAAACUACCCCAAAAGUUACAGAGUAAUGGGGAAAGCCAGAGCGUAGGGUUAGAGAAUCCUGUUAAAUUUGGCUGUUGCCAGUACCCUGUGUUAGUCAGCCACCAGGUAUCAUUUCCGGAAAGAGGUUACGUGACUCAGAAUUGGAUUGAAAAAGCAUCUCCGUUGUGAUUUCCUUUCCUUAUAAGAGAAUUUUCUAUUUUUAGUCAAAUCUGCAAUGUCUGGGUAUGAGUGUUGCAUCGGCAGCUUCCUUGGACAUGAACUUCAGCCUUGCAUCACUUUUUCUCACACCCACGUGACACACGUGCAUACGUUUGUGUAUACUGUGCAGGCAAAUGCUCACUCUCCCCGAAAGAGAAUUUUGAAGUGGAAAGGAGAAAGGCAGAGGAGGAAGAAAAUUCUUUUAAUUUAAAGCACACAUUCAAAAAAAAAAAAAAAAAACUCCAAACUUUAAAGUAAUUUAAACGAGUCAGCCUAAAACUGUAUUGUUUUCCUCCUCAGCCUGUGUGGUGCUGUGUUGCUCUACAUCUGGACACUGCACACACCCGUGGUUGUCAGUCCACAAGCAGUAAUGAAGCAGUCCCUGAGGGCGCCCUUGUUACAGACAUUUGGCACUUCGUAGAUGCCAGUGGGGUUAUCCAUGCUUGGUGACAAGGCUCAUGACUUAUCUAGACAGGGUUCCAAACUGACUCUUGCAAGCGGAAGGAAAAGGCAUCCUCUAGGGAAGGAGAACGCCUCUCUCGAAGCCCAGCCAAGAGAAGCCUCACCUCCCUGGAGGAAGAAGCUUAAAUGUUUGUAGCCCAGUGGGAUUCCUGAUGCCAGGCAAACUGGUUCCAAGGCAGGAGCCUUUCUUUGCCCAUCGAUGGCUGCUCCUCUGGCCCAGCUGGCUCACGGGAAACAGUGGUGCAAACAGAGCUCAAACUGGAGGUGCUUUCCUGAUCAGUGCUGCCUGGCUGCUGUUAGCCAGUCAGUUGGAGCAGUCCAGCACAGGCUUAGGCAGAGAGCCUUUGGUUUGGGUUGUUUUUCCCUCAGCGAGCUUCACCUUGACCAGUACUCUGCCUGGCUCUCCUUUUUCAAGGUGGAGACAGCUGGGCCAUCUGAGGUCGACUUCCCUCUCAGUCUCAGAUGCCUCACAGACCCCACGGGAGUGGUAGGGUUAUGGUUCUUGCUAUCUAUGAACCCUGUGGACAUGCACAGGGGCCUUUUUCUAGACCCCCUUUCUUUCCUAGUUACCGUGUGUCCCCUCCCUCCUGAUGCCUGUUUCCACUUGGCCUCCUUCUACCCUCCCUCCAGAUGGAGAUGCAAGCUAGAGUCUGUGGAGAGACAGGAAGCCUAGCAUCGAGUGAUGGAGAGGGAGGUAGCUUUGGAGUCCCACCCUCUGCCCUGCCUUGGCUCAGCACUCAGGGGAAGCAGCACUUUGAUUGUCAGCAUUGCUUGGGGUCAAGGGCCACAGCCAGCAGGCCUAAGCAGGUGGCUGUUUGGAGCAUGAGGCGGGGAAGAGGUGUGUCUGUCUUCUGCAGGUUCCCUGGGCCGGUCCAGGUCUGCAUGCCGCACUUUCAUUUGCUCCCGUACCGUGCUGCUUCCCGAGGGAGCCACUUGUAACAGCAACACUUCAAGCUCUCUCCUGUGUGUUUUGACAGGAAUGACUCGUGACCCAGGCUGUACAUGGCCGGGGGCUCACUGCUGUCACUGUGUCCAACAAACACUUGCUAAGCUGUUGCUCGUGUCUGACUGUCUCCCCCAGGUCUGGGGCCACGCCACCUGUGUGCCGUGAGAGCCCAGGAGGGUGGAAGAAGAGAAACUAGGGUGUCCUUGAGAGCUGAGGUGGGGAAAAGCAACACACAGGUCAGCCAGCCUAGUGGCCUGGAGGUCAGCCUGGCUCUUCCACUCAGUCCUGUGUCACAGGAGAAGUCCCUGCCUGCCCUCCUCAGUGCCCUUGGUGAGGAUUACAAGAGGUCACGGAGGGGACCAUUGUACGUGUACAGGAAGAAAGGGUUACAAGGCCUCUGGGUGUGUGUGGGUUGAUGUCUGUAUGCAGGUGAGGGCAGGCACAAGGUAAGGCAAGAGCCCGUGACUGGGCAGUGAAAAAGGAAGGCAGGCUGAGGAUCCUAGAGACAGGGGAGAGAGUACGGAGAGGGAGAAGAAAAAUGGAGGAAGAGAAGGACGACCCAGAUCCUCGUGGCUUUAAAGAGCCACAGGUAGCUAUGAAUAUCAUACACGGGAUGGAUAAUUACAGGACAGUUCGUCCAGUCUUAAGUGGGCAGCUUUAAUCAAUAUCAGUUGACUCUGAGUUCUUUGGGCGUUUUGUGGGUUGAGAAUUUACUCAUAUAAAUCUGAUUGAUAAAUUACAAGCCUCUAGAGUUUUGAUUUUUACCGGGUUACUGGGAAUUGUGACUAUAACCACAGGGGCCAGUGGCUGGGAAAGUGAGCAGAGCACACAACAGGAAAGCCUCAAGGUGGGCGGUCACUGCCUGGGGCUAGCCAUGGAGGCUGCGAGACCACUGGGGCCAGCGCUAGCGUGGGAUGGUGCCCCCAUCUUUAUUACACACAGGUGUGUGCAGCAGGCAGCAGCUGCACCAGCGUCCAGGCACCUACAGGGUGGCAUGUUAUGCUGCUGUGAUAUAAAGGCCCCAUGCCUUCAAUCCGGAUAGGAAAUGGCUCCUUUUAUUCCUGGGUCUGCCUCAUGGUCUCUGUGUGUGGAACCCCUGUUAUAGUCAGCAUCAGUAUACCUGCUCCAGGAUCCAAGGACGCUGGUUUUUUAGAUGUCUCUGAUCUCUACAAGGAAAGCCCCUAUGCCCCACCAUGUCCAGCCCAGAACAGGGCAACUACUCUUCUGUCUCCUCCUCUUGUCUUGUUUUUCAAUACAGGGUUUCUCUAACCCUGGUUGUCCUGGAACUUGCUCUGUAGACCAGGAUGGCCUUGAACUCAUGGAGACCCACCUGCUGCUGCCUCCCAAGUGCUGAGAUUAAAGGCGGGUGCCACCAGCACCUGGCUGGCACUGCCACCCUUGCGUUGCUAGGGAGAUAGAUGUCAGCAGGACAGCUGUGGAAAGGACUUGGUCUUCACAUCUGGGAUAGUGGGCUAGAGAAGUAUCUGCACAUGUGAAGUCAUGGGCAGUCGGGACUCAGGGCCCCAGUCGUGUUUUACUUAAGGUAAAGUGAAACCCAUUCUUUUUUCCCCUUUGAGCCAAGUUUGGUGCAUACAUGUGACCUUGAUCCUUACAUCGAUGUGAUCCUUGGAUUGCUUCAGGAAUGUUAUGAGGUCUUUGUAUAACUCUGCCUCUAGGAUUUGAUUGGACUUAAUGGGCUUUUCUACUAAGAACAUAAAAACUGAGGCUAGUUUCAGCAAAACCAGUCACCCCUCACGGUCGCCCUCUGUACUUGCUGCCCACAUUAUGAGCUGCUUUCCAUUGAUAACAAAGAUCUGAGUACACGAUGGGCACAUCCUAACCCCCACAUGCUCGAACUGAAACGUGUCAACGUGCGGAUCUAAUACAGCUGUUUAUAUACUGUGUAUAUUAAAAUUAAAACGACAUGAGGUGGCUUAAGAAGUGUGUAGAGAAUAAAUCUAAAGUGUUUUACUAA